GGGGCGCGGCCGCCGGGAGCAGCGGGAGCGGAGCCGCAGCGAGCGGAGCGGAGCGGAGCAGAACGGAGCGCGGGGCUCGGCGCUGCCCGGCCGGCCGAGCAUGCACUGAGCGAGCGGCCCCGGGCUCGGAGCCGCCCCGCUGCAUGCUGUGGGGAGACACGGUCGCGAUAAUAAAUGAUAGAGGAUACAAUGACUUUGCUGUCUCUGCUGGGUCGGAUCAUGCGUUACUUCUUGCUCAGACCGGAGACCCUGUUCUUGCUGUGCAUCAGCCUGGCCCUGUGGAGUUAUUUCUUCCACACGGAUGAGGUGAAAACCAUUGUUAAGUCCAGCAGGGAUGCGGUGAAGAUGGUGAAGGGCAAGGUGGCCGAGAUCAUGCAGAAUGACAGGCUCGGGGGUUUAGACGUGCUGGACGCUGAGUUCUCCAAGACCUGGGAGUUCAAGAGCCACAACGUGGCUGUCUACUCCAUCCAAGGCCGCAGGGAUCACAUGGAGGACAGGUUCGAAGUAAUCACCGACCUGGUGAACAAGACUCACCCCUCCAUCUUCGGGAUAUUUGAUGGGCACGGAGGAGAGUCGGCGGCGGAGUACGUGAAGGCGCGGCUGCCCGAGGUGCUGAAGCAGCACCUGCAGGACUACGAGCGCGACAAGGAGAACAGCGUGCUGUCCUACCAGAGCAUCCUGGAGCAGCAGAUCCUCUCCAUCGACAGGGAGAUGCUGGAGAAGCUCACCGUGUCCUACGAUGAGGCAGGCACCACGUGUCUGAUCGCCCUCCUGUCCGACAAGGAGCUGACCGUGGCCAACGUGGGCGACUCCCGGGGCGUGCUCUGUGACAAGGAUGGCAAUGCCAUCCCCCUGUCCCACGACCACAAGCCCUACCAGCUGAAGGAGAGGAAGAGGAUUAAGAGAGCUGGUGGGUUCAUCAGCUUCAACGGCUCGUGGCGCGUGCAGGGCAUCCUGGCCAUGUCGCGCUCGCUGGGCGAUUACCCCCUGAAGAACCUGAACGUGGUGAUCCCCGACCCCGACAUCCUGAGCUUUGACCUGGACAAACUGCAGCCAGAGUUCAUGAUCCUGGCCUCAGACGGGCUGUGGGACGCCUUCAGCAACGAGGAGGCCGUGCGGUUCAUCAAGGAGCGCCUGGACGAGCCGCACUUCGGGGCCAAGAGCAUCGUGCUGCAGUCCUUCUACAGAGGCUGCCCCGACAACAUCACAGUCAUGGUGGUGAAGUUCAGGAAUAGCAGCAAAGCAGAGGAGCAGCAGUGAGGAGCCCCCGGGCCCCCUCAGGACUCAGAACAGUUUGUCCGUGGUGGGAAGCUCCAGGAACGCCGUGCGGGCUCUGCCGCGGCUACGGAUCUCUCUGGGCUCUGCUCGUGGCUUGGCAAAAGGAGCAAUACAACAAAUAAAUCCGUGCUGAGCCACCACAAGAAUCCAGUUUGUCCCCUGUCCCUGCCCUGUGCCCUCGCUGCUCCCUAGAACGACUGGAACCUCCCACUUCUCACUUUUCUUUAGGAAUCCCGUGUAGGGUUUUGGUUUGAUUCCUCCCCCGGUGGCUCAGGGGCACGGCAGGGGCAGGGCAGUGCUGCUGCUUCUCCCUCCUGGGUGCCACUGCUCAGGAGCUGCUCUCCUGUUCCUCGUCUCUGCACCCUGCAGUGCUAGGGGUGGGUGGGAGAAGGGUUUGUGCUGUGAAGGAGGAAGAGGAGCCAACUCUCAGCCUGCUCCGCUGCUGGCUCUCGCUUUGUGCAGCCUCCCCCCGAAACAAACCCCUGCCAAGCAUGUGAGUAGGUAGAGCUCCUGAAUUACCACGUUUAUUCAGGCUGUGCAUUGCUCUAGGACAGUUCUUCUAGGCCAUAGUGUAUCCAAACCAACUCAUGGUGAACUUCAGCAAAACCCUGGGAGCUCUGAACCUCCUGGAUGGGAGCAGAGCUCAGCUGUGGCAGCAGAGUGUAUGUCCCUCACCGAGAAUCACCCUGACCUUACUUCUGUGGCAUGGACUUGGAAAGGGAUGUGAGAGGAAAUGGAUUUCACUGGUGACUGUCGGGAACCUCAGCCAAGCAGGGCGUUCCUCAGAGCUACCUAGCUGGAAGUCAAGUCUGUGUUAGACUUCCUUGUACCACUGCAGAUGGAUUUGUGGUGUUAAUCCCAGGGCAGACCCCUCUGAACGGGCUUUUGGGAUGACAUGCAAAUGCCAGGCAGCAUCAAUGCACUGUAGAGAUGAAAGGUUGUGUUAAAUCUAGAUUUUAAAAGUAUGUUUAGAUCUAACUUUCAGUAUUUAAUUGUAUUUUGGGAUCUGUGACUGCUGUAAGUUGGAAUGAGGACAGUUUGGGUUUGCUGCACCUCUGGUGCCAGCUGUGUCAUGGCAGGGGGACAGGGCAGGCAGGAUUUUGGAUGGCUCCUUGAUCCUUAUCCUGCCUUACAGGAGUCCUUGGGAUCUCCCCGGAACGUGGUCCUGGACAAUCUGCUCAAAUCUUCAGGGUGAUGGAGGCUGCCUGUGUUUGGGUGUGGAGCUGGGUCAGGGAUGUGAUGGAUUCCCUGGCCCUGGCUGUUCCUUGGGAAAGUCCAGUAUUCCUCAUUUCCCAGCUGCUGGCCCCCCUGCUCACCUGCAGGGGUCUGGGGUGGGGCUGAGCUGUGCUGGGGAGGUGCUCAGGGGCUCGGGGUCUCUCAAGGCAAAAAAUCAAAGAGCACAAACUUCUGCUCGAGAAGGAAUCCCCAUCUUUGUCUUGUUUCGUCCCUAGGUCACCUCUCCCCCAGCAAACUUCCCUCCUUUGAUUUGUUCGGGGGUAAUCCCAGCCCUUGACUGGCUCUGGUGGUAUUUCCAAGAUGUGUCUGGAGCCCUGUGCUGAUGCUGAACCCCGGGGAGAGCCCCUGAGAAGUGUCCAGCAGGCAGCAGCCUGCCCUGCUCCUCUCCCAGGGGAUGGGAUCUCCCUGCCCCUUCCAUCCCUGGCUGCCCAGCUGAGCAGGGAGCAGGAAUUGCAAUAAUUGCUGCAGCAGUUGCAGUGUGCCCGGGCAGUGAGGGCAGAGUGCUGGCAAGUGCAGCCCUGGUGGCAAGGAUUCCGUGGGAAUGCUGGGUCUGGCCUGGGAUGGCACAGGGCAGUGGGGGAGCAGCUCCAGGCAGAGCUCAGUGGGUGGAGUUUGCCUUCCCUGUCCCCUUCCCUGUCCCCUUCCCUGUCCCCUUCCCUGUGGAGGGCCCAGCUGUCCUGGGGAAGGAGGAAUUCCAUCCAGCAGCUCUGCAGGGGAGGGAUGUGUGUGAGCAGACAUCCCCACUGACCCAUCCCAGGCACUGCAAUGCUGGCCAUGCCCAGGAAAACAGCCCAGAUCCAGCUGGGGUGGGAUCCCUGGCUGCAGGGAGCAUUCCUGAGGGAUCCAUGAGCUCUGAGCACAGCCCUGGACUGCCAGGAGCAGGAGCUGGCAGGGAUGGCAGCCAGGAGGGAGCCUGGCAGGGCAGUGAGCCACUCCUCGGCAUUCAGGCCAGCACACCAGGGCAGGAGUGGUUUGCAGGUUUGCCUGGAUCCUUCCAGGACCAUUCCAGGAUCGUUCCCUGUCCCUCAGGCAGCUCCCAGCCAGCCCUGUGCCAGCCUCCCAGGUGGCUGCAGCUGCAGCAGGAGCUGGCUCAGCACCUUCAGCUUCCUCCCCCCUCCCUGGCAGGGCUGUCCUGGCCAGAGCCAUCCAUGCCAACCAUCUCUGCUCAGCCCGGGGGUUUUUUCUUUGGUUGCUGUGAAAAAGGAGCUUCAGCUGCUUCAGGUUGGAAGAGGAAGGACCGAUGGAGGUGAGAGGCUUUGUGUGGUCUCCCACAUCCACAGGCAGUGCCUACCUGUGCUCCCAGCUGGGAGGUUUGGAAGCUUUCCCUCCAAAUGGAAGCAUUUCCAGCUUUCCAGUGGUGCUGAUUUGUGCCAAACUCUGUGGUGACCCAGCUGGGGGCUGGCAGGAUGAACUCCUUGGGCACAUUGCUUAUGCAGCCUGGCCAGUGCAGGGCUCUCCCGCUGCCUUAACACUCCAUCCUCCAGCUGGGAAGGUGCUGUGGCCAGGAAUCUCCUGCCUUCCUGCUGCUCUGCUCCCAAAGCCAGGGAGCUCCUCCUGCUCACCCAGCCAGCUUUGGUGGCUCCAUCCCCCUGGGGACAGCUGGAGCCUCAGGACACAGGGAGGAGCAUCUUCAGAUGGCCCGGGGUGACAAAGGGACCUUGAGCCACGGGGCUGAGCCAGUGCUGGGGAAUUGGGCUGUUCCCAAAUGGGGCUGUUCCCAAACUGGGCUGUUCCCAAACUGGGCUGUUCCCAAACUGGGCUGUUCCCAGGGACAUCCCAGCACUCUGGAAUUACGCUGUUCCCAAACUGGGCUGUUCCCAGGGACAUCCCAGCACUCUGGAAUUACGCUGUUCCCAAACUGGGCUGUUCCAGGGAUAGCCCAGCUCCCAGUGCUCUGGAAUUGGGCUGUUCCCAGGGAUGUCCCAAUGCUCUGGAAUUGGGCUGUUCCCAAACUGGGCUGUUCCCAAACUGGGCUGUUCCCAGGGACAUCCCAGCACUCUGGAAUUGGGCUGUUCCCAAAUUGGGCUGUUCCAGGGAUAGCCCAGCUCCCAGUGCUCUGGAAUUGGGCUGUUCCCAGGGAUGUCCCAAUGCUCUGGAAUUGGGCUGUUCCUGAAUUGGGCUGUUCCAGGGACAUCCCAGCACUCUGGAAUUGGGCUGUUCCCAAACUGGGCUAUUCCAGGAGUAGCCCAGCUCCCAGUGCUUGGGAAAUUGGGCUGUUCCCAGGGACAUCCCAGUGCUUGGGAACUGGGCUCUUCCUAAACUGGGCUGUCCCCAGGGAUGUCCCAGCUCCCAGUGCUCAGGAACUGGGCUGUUCCCAAACUGGGCUGUUCCCAAAUUGGGCUGUUCCCAGGGACAUCCCAGCACUCUGGAAUUGGGCUGUUCCCAAAUGGGGCUGUUCCCAAACUGGGCUGUUCCAGGGAUACCCCAGCUCCCAGUGCUCUGGAAUUGGGCUGUUCCCAGGGAUGUCCCAGCACUCUGGAAUUGGGCUGUUCCUGAAUUGGGCUGUUCCAGGGACAUCCCAGCACUCUGGAAUUGGGCUGUUCCCAAACUGGGCUGUUCCAGGAGUAGCCCAGCUCCCAGUGCUUGGGAAAUUGGGCUGUUCCCAGGGACAUCCCAGUGCUUGGGAACUGGGUUCUUCCUAAACUGGGCUGUCCCCAGGGAUGUCCCAGCUCCCAGUGCUCAGGAACUGGGCUGUUUCCAAAUUGGGCUGUUCCCAGGGCCAUCCCAGCACUCUGGAAUUGGGCUGUUCCCAAAUUGGGCUGUUCCCAAGUUUAUCUGCUCCCGGGGAUGUCCUGGGACUGUUCCCCAGCUCCCAGUGCUCUGGAAUUGGGCUGUUCCCAGGGAUGUCCCAGUGCUCUGGAAUUGGGCUGUUCCAGGGACAUCCCAGCACUCUGGAACUGGGCAGUUCCCAAACUGGGCUGUCCCCAGGGGUGUCCCAGCUCCCUCCCCUGGGAUGCUCUGCUGGUUCCCUCAGCCUGCAGCACGGAUUGCUGUGGAGUUCACCCAUCCCUCGGAUCCUUCCUGGAAUUCCUGGCAGGGCUGGAAUGUCCCAGCCUGUCCCCAGCUUAGUGGCACGGUGGCUCCUUCUGCUGGCCUGAGACAUUCCCACAAGCCCCACAGCAGCCCCUGGGAUAAAGGAAAUGGUUAAACCAUUUCCAGAGGUGAAAUUAAAAAUAUUGUGAAGAUUUUAGAAUCCAGGAGUCACCAUUAAAGCACUGCAUCAGCUUGGCUGCAGAAACACCAAUGCCACAGCCUCAAAAAAAAAAAAAAAAGGGAAUUUUGUGUCUCAGGAUAGAGGACAGCCCUGCUUUAAAUGAUAUGGGUUUGUUGCUAGUGUAGCUGAUACUUGUUUUACACAGAGAAGCAUUUAGUCAGUGGUUAUAUCACAGAAAAAACACCUCACCAGCCCUUCAGCCCCAAAGCAGGAUUGUAGGCCUCUGAACAAAAUUCCAGGUGAGGAUGUUCUGCUGGAAUUUGGCCCCUGCAGAGCCCAGAUCUGCAGCCCUGGUGCCCAAUAAUUUCAUAAAUGGCCUUUCUGAAACUCCCAGAGAAAAAGAUCUGUACAGACAAUUCGUCAGGAGCUGAAGUUUUGUUGCUUUUGUUUUUCCAGUGCUGACUGGACAAGGCUUAGGGGAGCCUGUGGAUAAAUUUCGAUUUUCCUGAGGCAACUUAAUAUUCCAGGGAUCAGCUCUGGAGGAUAAUCUGGGUGCUCUGGGAAGCAAAACCUGGUGGGUGCAGCUGGAGCCUUGCCAGAGCCACAAACAGAGGUUGGAGGGCAAUUCUGGAGGGGAAAAUGUGUGGAUUCCAUGGGUUUGGGCAGCUCCUGUGCCUGCUCUGCUCAGCCCUGAGGGAUGAGGGGGGUUUAAGGUCCCUUCCAACCCAAACCAGUCUGGGAUUCUGGGAAUUACCAGCACUAGGGAACUGAAGCACUUUUCCAAGCACAUUUCAUGGCCAAUCCUGCAUUUUUUUGCAGCCUGUGGGGUUGCACCCAUGGGCACAGGCAGCCUCUGACACCAAACAUCCAUCAGUGCGAGGCAGAAUGUAGGGAAAUAUCCCAAAAUAUCCUGUUACACCGGGCCCAGGGGGUGCUGCCCUACAUCUCCCCCGUGAUUUGUGGGGAAUUCCUUUGUGCCAGGCUGCCCACAAAGCACUGCAGCAUUUUAACUCCUCUGAAAUAACAUCCAGACUGGGAAUUUCACCUUGGAACACACUUCUGCUCCCCACCCAGCAGCAACUUCCAAUAUCUUUGCCCAAUUAAUUAACAUCAUUAUUAUUAUUACUAUUAUUAUUAUUAUUAGUCUUUUCAGGUCAAGAAGCCCCACAGCUUUCCUAUCAAAAUCACAAAUAUUUUGAAUUCUGAUUUAAUACAGCUGCAUGAGAAAAAAAAAAAAACUUAAUUGGGAUUUGGGAAACCUUUAAGCCAGUGUUUUACACUUUGUUUUUAGUACAAUAUUCUAAGUAGAUGCAAUAAAAUUUGGCCCUUCCCUACUUCAAUGCCCAGAUUAUUUCAUGCUUUUGAGGUUUUUCACCUUUUGCCAGGCUGCUCACACUAAAAACUUCCCUAAAAUGGCUUUGAGCAGAAACAGGAGCUCAGUUAGGAAUUUUACAGCCUUUUAAGCAAUAAUAAAGUCAGAAUCAAAUACAAGCCAGACUUGGAAAUGAGGUUUUUUUAGGAAAACCAGGAGCAGGAUGGUUGUUUGUCCAAUGCUGCUGGCACUGUAAAUGACAAUUAACUUCAGGUGGCACAAAGAGAUCACUGUGUAUAAACCCAAGCCUUGGAACCUGUGAGCAGUGUCAGCAUUUGGGGCACAAAAACCCCGAAUUCCUGCAGGUGACAGGAGAAUUUCUGGCCAUCCUCACCUCCCCAGGACUCUCAUUCCUCCCUCACCACGAGCACUCUCUGCUUUACCCAUUUUCUGUAGGCAGCAGAGUCAUAACUGCAUUUUUAUUUUGGAGAAAGCAAUACAAGCUGUGCUGUAGUAUCAGUGUUCUUGUGGUAAAUAAUUCAUUCCUAAGCUUUUCACGUGGCAGCCUUGGAGAAUGGAGGGGUUUGGGGUUUGAGAUGUGCAAACAAUCCCAGAACAAGGCAGUUCUCCCAGUACCUGCUCAGAGAACAAUCAAAUCCCAGCUCCUAAACCCACAGCACAGCAGGAAUUUCACCUGGAUCUAGGAAUACAAGAGCAUCAUUCCCUCAGUUAUGCAAUACUGUAUUCCCCCCCCCCCCAAAAAAAAAAAAAAAGAAAAGAAAAUAGCCUUUAUUUUUUAAAAGCUUUGACCUUUUCACCAUCAGAACACCGAAAUCCUUGUCUGGAGAGUGUUGUCCCCAAGACUUUUUCAUCCCUGUAAAACCACAAGCCCAUCCUGCAAUCCCACCCCAGGGCCAGGUGCGGCUGUGGAGCAGAGCCAAAGCCAGCAGUGUCCCCCGACUGCUGGGGGCUCUGGUGACCCCUGAGCCUGCUGCUGCAGCUCUGGGCAGCCCCGAGCUCUGCCAGGGCUGUGGGCAGCCAGCCCCCAGCUCUGCCAGGGCUGUGGGGUGGUGCCAGCCCGAGGGGAAGCCCUGGAGCGUGGCCAGGACGUCUCCGCAGUCCCUCCCCCGUGUAGUGGAUGUGUCCAGGUUAAUUCUGUUCAUGCAAUUGCAAAUUCUGUAUCGUUGUCCAUUAGAAGUGUAAACUACUGAAAACUGGGCCUUGCUGAUAUGAAUAAAGUGAUUAAAAAAUGGUCUUCACA